GGAGAUGCAGGCGGGAGAAGGAGAAGAGAGAUUCCGGGAAUGCUGCCCCAGCAGGCCCUCGCCUUGCCCGGUUCCCCCCGGCCGGUCCUUUGCCCGUUGCCAGUUUGGAGAGAGGCUCCGUGCCACCUCGGGCAUCGUUCCCGGAGGUGGGGAACCCGGGUCCUUGGCUGGACUGGGCCAACCUGCCUCGGCUGCUCUCUGCAGCAUCCUUCCAUUCACCCUUCCCUCCCACAGCUUCGAGGCCAGAGUCUGAGGGGGGCGAGCCCGGCCAGGCGGCUCCGGUGCCCGGGCACUGCCCACCAUCAGGAGUGACCCGCGGGGAGGAGGUACCUCUGGGGAGAGCUGGAGAAAUUGGCCAGAACUGCAGUGGGAGGAUCCAAAUUUGGGCCUCUCCAACAGCAUGGGUGGAAGGAAGCGGGCCGUCUUCCGGAGGAUCCAGUGCCGUGUGUAAUUCCAGGGGCUGUCUCCUCCCUCAGGUAGGGAUUGACUGAAGGAGAGCCUCAUCAUGGAAAAACACCGGGGCAUAGAGUUUGACAACACCGACCUCCCAGCAGCCACCUGGCCGGAUUGGAUGGCGGCCCUCUCGGACGACCUCUCCCUGUCCGACCUCUCCGUCCCCGGGACCCACGACUCCAUGAGUCUGUUCGGAGGCAGCCGGCUCCAGUGCCAGAGCCUCCCCUUGGAGAGGCAGUACGAGGCCGGGAUCCGCUUCGUGGACGUCCGCUGCAAGCUCAGGGAUGGGGAGUUCUUCAUUUACCACGUGAACACCUUCCAGCAGGCGGACUUCAGGAGCGUACUGGACACCACCUUCGCCUUCCUGGACCGGCACCCCCGGGAGGCCGUGCUCAUGCGGGUGAAGGAGGAGUACGCGUUCUUCGGCAGCUCGGGUUUCACGGAGCGCUUCAAGCGCUACCUCGAACAAGAGGGCCGAGGGAGGACCUGGCAUUUUGAAGACAUCCCAACCUUGGGCCAGGCCCGGGGCAAGAUCAUCAUCCUGGAAGAGAUAGAAAGCGAAAAACUGGGCAUCCCCUACGAGCAUCUGAAUGUCGGCGACCGGUGGAAAGUCCUGUCCCAGUCCAACAAGUGGGCUAACGUGGAGGCCCACCUGGAGGCGGCGGUCAGCGGGGACCGGAAGAAGAUGUAUUUGACCUUUUGCUCUGGGAAUGGCUUGUUCAUCACCCCGGAGAAACUUGCUCGGUUCAUCAAUGGCUGCCUCUAUCAAUACCUGAAUAGCAGGUCGGACCCAACCAUCCGCUGGGGAGUGGUAAUUAUGGAUUUUCCCGGGGCGGAGUUGAUCCGGAUGAUUAAAGACAGCAAUGUGAGGACAUAGGGUGGCGGAGGAGGAGCCGGGCAGUUGGGGCGGAGGGUGGAAUUCUGAGUAGU